GCCCCCAUUCUUGCUUAACUUCUACCGACAACACAUACCUUCCAACCAACUCAUCUUUCUCUCUCACUCACUGUGGAUAGAGUAUUAUUUAGCUCUCUAUAAUCCUCAAUUAUUCAUGCUCACUUAACUUUCCUAAUUCAAAACCAAACACCUAUCCAAUUUCUCUCAACAACUCAUGGCGGAGGAAGAAGUCAAAGCCGUUGAGCCCAAGCCUACCUGCGCCGACGCCGACGUUGCUGAGGAGGAGAAAGCCGUCGUGCCGCUACCACUACCUCCGGCGCUAGACAAACCCGACGACUCCAAAGCUCUUGUCGUCGUUCAAAUUAUUGCUAAACAACCAGAGGCUGCUGAAGAAGAAAAAAAGCCUGAGGAGGGCUCUGUAAACAGAGAUGCUGUGCUUGCCCGAGUAGCUACGGAGAAGAGAUUGUCGUUGAUCAAAGCAUGGGAGGAAAGUGAGAAAUCAAAAGCUGAGAACAAGGCUCAGAAGAACAUGUCUUCUGUCGUAGCUUGGGAGAAUAGCAAGAAAGCGACUCUAGAUGCUGAGCUGAAGAAGAUAGAGGAGCAACUGGAGAAAAAGAAGGCUGGAUAUAUUGAGAAAACGAAGAACAAGAUUGCGGCCCUCCACAAGCAAGCGGAGGAGAAAAGAGCAUUGAUUGAGGCGAAACGUGGAGAGGAUCUUCUCAAAGCAGAGGAGACAUCAGCAAAAUAUCGCGCCACGGGCACUGGUCCAAAGAAACUACUUGGAUGUUUCUGAAGUUGGAAUGGGGUUUGGAACUCAAGUUGAUUUGUACAUUGUUUUGUUUUGGGAUCUCUUUUUAUUUGUUGCCAGAUUUAUUGUGUGAUGUACUUAGAAUAUAAUUGUUUCUUGUUAAGUUUGUUCUGUGUGAAUAAUGAUUUAUUUGUUUAUAUAAACUAGAAAAUGAAGAUUGUAAGAAAAUUUGAGAUUCCAUGUUUUGAACUUGAUUGAUUAUAAGGUUGAGAAAGUUGUAGCGGCAA